CAGGGGCGGGCCGCGGCUGCGCGUCCCGGCCGUGGCGGAGCCAUGGCGCUGUGUGGGGCCGUGGCGCUGCCCCGGAGCGGGGCCGUCUUGGGCGGCCGGGCCGCUCCCCUCCUACGGCUGCUGCUGCUGGGGAGGCCGGCUUUCUCCACAACUCGCGUCGCGUGCGGGAAGAACAGGCGGCUGAGGCAAAAAAGAGCCAUUUCGGAAAGGAAAUUGACACGCUAUUUUGUGGAUCACCGGAGAGUGCGUGUGGUUGGAGGACAAGGAGGAGACGGAGGUCAUUCCUUUUAUAGUGAACCUCGAAAAAUAUUUGGAGGUCCUGAUGGUGGAAAUGGGGGUGAUGGGGGACAUGUUGUUUUGAAAGCUGACCAGCAAAUGAAAUCACUUUCUUCAGUCCUCCCUUUCUAUCAGGGUGUUCAUGGAGGAAGAGGAGGAAGCAAAAACUGUUACGGAGCCAAUGGUGCAAGUGUGUAUGUUAAGGUCCCUGUGGGUACAUCGGUUAAGGAGGACGGGGUAGUUGUGGCUGACCUCACGCAACAUGGUGAAGAGUAUGUUGCAGCUUACGGAGGAGCUGGAGGGAAAGGGAAUCGCUUUUUUCUUUCCAAUGAAAACCGAGCUCCGAUGUUAUUUACUCCAGGAGAGCCAGGUCAGGAAAGGGUGCUCCAUUUGGAACUCAAGACAACAGCUCACGCAGGACUGGUGGGCUUUCCCAAUGCUGGGAAAUCAUCGCUGUUGCGAGCCUUGUCCAACGCAAAGCCAGCAGUGGCUGCCUACCCAUUCACAACCCUAAACCCCCACGUUGGCAUUGUCCACUAUGAAGACUACGAACAAGUGGCAGUCGCUGACAUUCCUGGCCUGAUACGGGGUGCUCAUCAAAACAGGGGCCUCGGGGUGGCCUUCCUAAGGCACAUCGAACGAUGCCGCUUUCUCUUGUAUGUGGUGGAUCUCUCUGUGCCUCGGCCGUGGAUUCAGCUGCAAGACUUAAAAUAUGAACUGGAACAAUAUAAAAAUGGAUUGUCGGAGAGGCCUUGUGUUGUCGUUGGGAAUAAAAUCGACCUUGCUCAGUCCAGGAUUAAUCUCCCGCUCCUUAAAGAGCAGAUAGGUGACCGGGUCAUUGCAUUGUCUGCGCUGACAGGAGACAACUUAGAGGAACUGUUGUUGCAUUUGAGAGAACUGUAUGACAUUUAUGUGAAGACAGAACAAUCACGAGGGCAAAGGCCAGUCAAGUGGUAGGACACAGAACGACCGUGAACUCUACUGGAAGGAAAAAAAAAGUCAUCAUUUGGUUAGGCAACAUCUGUGUGUAGUUUUUUUCUUCCUGAUUGUAUUUUGUUUGUUUUUAAUGCAUUGGACACAGCUCGUGGAUGUGUUUUGGAGUGCUUCGUUGGAACAUUUUUUGCACCUCUGAGGUGUCUCAAAUGUUAUCCAACAAAAUUUGAAAGUUUUAACCGUGAUGGAUGUUCAUUUGGAAACUGGGAUUUUGUUUGGCAUUAGGUAGUUAAUUGUGGAAAUAAAAGAAUAUCUGGUGGAAAUUACUGAAAUUCACAAUAUGCAGGGUAUGUUGGCUGUCUGUCUGAAUUGGAAUGGUGUGAAGUCUCAAUUUUUGUUUGUCAAAGAUUCUAAAAUAAAAAUAAGGUGGUCCUUCCUGUCUA